CCUACCUAUGUCUCUUGCUCUGAUCAUCAUCGUCUUCACCGUGCUCGUCUCGUCUGCUAUAAGCGCGCUACUCACAUUCGCACCCCUAAUCGUCUUUUUCGGCCUUCUGACCUACCUUGUGCUCAAUGUCGUCCCCCGCUAACAGCGUCACGGCGCCGGCGCCGAUCGAUAUAACGGUCGUUAUGGAGCUUUUGGGCUCCAUGAAGACGACCCAUGGCAUGUUGAAUCAGUCCUUGAACAGCCUUGUCGACCAAGGCAAUAGCGUGAAGGCCUUGGGCCCGACCAUCCAAGAGGGACACGACCAAAUUAAGAAACUCCAGGUCGAUAUCGAGAACCAUGACGCCCAGCGCGCGGACAUUGUAGCCAAUGUGAAAGACACAAUCAGAGGCAAGCUCCGGGAGGAGGCCCUGGAGGAGAUGCAAAAGCGCAUCAAGGAGCAGAUCAGCGCGGAAGUGAAACGGCAGGUUGAGGCGGAGGUGAAAGAACAACUCGUGCGCGACCACCUCGGCACGCCCCUCAACGUCCAGGUCGAUGCCGGCCGCGAGCAGAUCACAGCGCUGCAGGCUGCCGUGCAGAACUCCAAGGCGCGCCGCGAGAACUCCGCCAUCACUUGGAGCGACAUGACGACCAACUUCAAGGACGUCGUCCGCCCGGACGGCACGCGAAGCGCCAAGUGGCCCGCGAACGUCAACUCCCUCGACGGGCUCAGCGCCGCGGACCUCGCGGACCUCCUGCGCGACUACGACCUGCACGUGCACGCGUCGCACGCCAUGAACCUGAACAGCUUCCUGCGCCACAUCGGCGUCGACAAGGUCACCCUGCACUAGUGGUGGAGCGCAUCCGCCCACGCCGUCGCGUCGCCCCGGGGGCUUCGUCGUCGAGGCCGUUGGUCGAGCUCCCCACGUACUAUGCACAUGUUCAGCUUCCCGGCAGUCGAUUCGCAUUUGUUGUCCUUGUCGGAUUCUCGCAUCAUCAUGUACAUGUACCAUAUCGCAUAUCUCUGCCGUAUCAUAUUCUGUUGUAC